CCUCCCUUGACCGUGAUGAAGCGGAACAACGGCAUGAUGGCGACCAUGUUCUUGGGCGCUAUUCUUUUCGGAUCCCUAGCAAUGCAAGCACAGUGUCGUCCUCAUGAGCUAUUGGAUGCCAGGAGGAGGUCUGUUGACACCAUUGCCAAUAACUCUACAUCGCCAUUAGACGUUGAGAAAAAGAACGACGAGCUUUUGAUGGUGUGCUUGGAGUACAAGUGCGAUAAAUUCCAACCUAAUGGUACUUGCUUCUGCUGCGAGGUCAACUUUACCAACGGCUGCUUCUUGACACAUCACGAGUGUGUGGCGAACUGCAGAUAUUGCAAGGGGCCCAAUUGUACUUAGAUCAUUUAGCAUUUUGGAUGCAAAUGCGUGCUAUGUUAAGAUUAGUCCGGAUCAGAGUCAAAUUAAAU